AUGCGGUUACUUUGGUCCCUCGCGGUUCUGCUCCUGCUCGCAGCCGCUCGUUCGCACCGGGAAGAUCCGUACGUGGUGCUCGGAGUCAGUCGGCGAGCCUCGGUCAAAGAGAUUAAAAGCGCUUAUAAAGGGCUUGCCAAGAAAUGGUAAAAGUUUUGAGUGAUCCUUACAAUGGCAAUCAGAGAGUUCAGGCACCCAGACAGAAGUACUGAUGACGCCUCGUCGACUCGUUUCAUGGAGAUCGCGGAAGCAUACGAAGUGCUGUCCGAUCCUGUCAAAAAGGAACGAUACGAUCGGUUCGGAACGUUCGACGACGUCAAGCAGUUUGAUGAAACCGCCGAGAGAGCCAGAUCCUUCGUAAGUCUCCGUCCUGUUUGUCACUAAUUAUUAAUUUGGUUUGUUUUCAGUAUGGAUUUGGAGGAUUCGGUGGCUUCGACGAAAGCGUUUUCGAUUACAAACAUCGAAUGUCGCAUCAGCAGUAUCAGUUCAAGAUCAUCGAGCUGUCGAACACGAAGCCGUUCAUCGUUUUCGUCUACACGAACUACUGUCAAAUGUGCUACCGACUCCAGCCGCUCUGGAAGAAGGCUGUCGCAGAUCUGGAGCCUUUAGGCUACGGAAUCGGAACUGUCAACGCCUUCAGAGACGGAAAUCUUCUCGAAAAGUUGCGAGUUUCAGCGCUUCCUGCUCUCGUGGCAAUUGUCGAGGGAAGAGUGAUUCCGAUGCGCAUCGAUUCGGGUUUCAGUGACAAGUGGGACAGCUCAAUUCUAUUGAUUUAACAUUGCGUACUUUUCAGGACCAUUCUCCAAUUUGCUCGGAAAGUAAUUCCAGAGUAUUUCAUGACAAGAAUCAGCUCGAGAGUCAUGUUGUCUCGUUUCGUCGACCAAUGGAAAACCAGCAACAAAGUUUCGGUUGUCAUUUUCGGAGCGGCUGUAAAUCCGAGAACAAGAUACCUUCUGGCGGCCAUGAAUUUCUCUCAUUUUGCCAAAUUCGCUUAUGUUUCGCUGGCUGACAACUCGGAAGACGUGCGAGCAUUGAGGGAAUCCGUCGACAUAAAAUGCGUUCAAUGCGAGAACAUUCUUAUCUAUGGAGACAUGGAACACGAGGAUGCGGUCGAUCGGUUGUCGAUCAGCGAAGCAAGAAACUGACGAAAGAGGCACUCGACGAAUUCAUUGAGAAGAACAAGUUGCUCACUUUACCUCGGGUAAAUUCGGAUUAGCAGUCGAUUGUUAUCCUAAAAUUGAUAAUUUCAGUUAUCGUCUCAAGCGAUGCUUGACGACAUCUGUCCCGUUUCCUCCCGUUCUCCUCGCCAUCUCUGUGUCGUUCUGCCGGUCACUUCCACGAGUUACGAGGCUGCCCACGUGGAGGCUUUCCGUCUUUACGUGAGAGACUCUGCAGAGAUGUGGAAGGCGAAAAAGGUGCACUUCUCGUACGUUUACAUAGACAAACAGAAAGAGUUCAUGCGUCCGUUCGCCGAAAAACGAAGAGGAGAACUGAAGAACGAGGGAAGAGAUUUGCUGAUAUUCUGGAGAACGGAAUACGUGAAGGCAAAGUUCACCUGGCUGGAAGGAGCAUGGACCGGAAGGAAGGAAACGGACGAUUUGAUAAUGAAUGUGGUUGAGCAGAGGAAGAGAUUGGAUGAAAGCUGUACUGUGAAUGCGAUCAACAACGAGUACGGUCUCUCCAUUUUCACCCGAUUCAGCCGGUCCCUCUGGCGAAUGUGGGAAGUGCUGUGGUUCCAUUUGUCGAACGAAGAGACCUACAUGUUCCUUUCGGCCGUCGGAACGCUCACAAUGAUCAUGUGCAUUGGAUGGCUCUUCAGUUACUUCAGCGAGAAGCCGGAUGCCAUCAAGAAACGGAAACCAAAGGCCAAUGACGUGGCGGAUCUUACGGGCGACGCGACGACAGCCAAUGACUGGCACCCAGACGAUCCGAACACGAAGAAAAAAGAGGGAGACGCUUCGAAGAGCGUACCUGCCAAGUCCAAAUGGGCGGUAAUCAUGAAGCCGUUAAUCCAUGAACUGCGUGCAGAAACGUACUUCGGAAUGAUCCGUCUGCUGAAGCCAGGCUGUCGCUCCAUGAUCCUUCUUGUUGAUCCAGAAAGCAAAGAAGCACUGCUCAAUAAGUUCUCACAGUAUGUGUAUCCACUCAGAAACAACAAAACGUUCUCCUUCGGAUACCUGGUCGUUCCGAAGAAUUUGGACUGGUUCCGAAAGCUCCUUGAGCACACUCUCCCUACAGAUGGCAACCCGACGCCCGAACCAGACGUCAGCCAGUCCAUGUACAAACGUCUAAAGCUCAUCAACCACCGACACACCAUUGGAACUGUGCUCACUCUGUGCGGAUGGAAGCUCUAUUUCUCUAUCUACCAUCCGAAGCACGUCGAGCUGAGCCGCCGCAACUUCAUCGACACUGACGAAGAGCCGAGCAGCGACGACGAGGCAUCGUAUCGCAGUGACGAGUUCGCGUCGAUGGGCGAGAAGAAGAAGCUGCACAGAAGCUCGUCGCAGAGAGGCGUCAAUGUCGAGAACGUGCUCGACGGCUUCCCCAAUUGGAUGGAUCGUCUUCUGGAAGGAUCCAUCAGAAGGUGAGCGUUCCGCCGUUCUUGGCGAUGUGCACUAAUAAGCUGUUUUGCAGGUACUACAUCCCGGAAUGGCCGGAUAAUCUCAAGUGAGCCUCCCUUCCGUCCUGCUAAUCACUGGUCACUCUCCCGUUUGCAUAAAUUCGAUAUUUCUCUCGCCUCAUCUUUCCUCCCCGCUCUCUUCCUCUCCCAAAUGGCCCUCUCUCUUGAUGCUCAUUUCCAUCAGUUCUCUCUCCGUUUCAUAGAAUGUUCUGAUCCUGUUGAAAGUCUGUAAUUAUAACUAUAUCCGUCACUUGUCAUUCGUAAUCUCGUCAUUCUUGUGAAUAAUAAGGUGCAUAAUAAGAAUAUGAAAAAGAUAGAUAUUCCCUCAGUUUUCUCUGGAUAUCUGUUUGUGAAUGCAGUGUUUUACCUCAUCAGAGACAAACUGAAAAAGCAACAGAAAGUUCCAGAAUGUCGUUCAAAGGACCAAUAAUAAAGAAGACGUUGAGUGGCGGCAAGGGAUUGCUGCCCACGUACAAGGACGGAACAAAGGCCAUUUUCCACUAUCAAACCCUGUUUCCCCUUGAGAAACCGGAAAAGAAUGAGAGACUCCCGGAGAGCAGGUAAACUAUAAUUCUGAAAGUUCUUCGAUUAAUCUACAAUUCCCCCAGGGACGGCUUCAAAGUCAUUGACGACACGAAAAAGGCCUGGCCAGAAGGUUACGGAAAACCGCUCGAGUUGGUGUUCGGAAAGCAAUUCCAGCUGCCAGUGUUCGAGACGUGCCUCAAAGCGAUGCACAUCGACGAGGUUGCUCAGUUCGACAUCAGCUGCAUCGAUCUCAUUCAGUAUCCGUUUGUCUCGAAAAAGUUGAGAGACAUUGUGAAGCCGUGCGAUGGAAAACAUCACGCUCACACUACUCACAUGUGCGCUGCGAGUGUCGCUCAAGGCACCGGGUACGAUGAGCUGGACGAACUGAUGAAGAAUCCGCGACCGCUUCGGUUCGUAUUCCAUCUGCUGCAAGUGUUGGAACCAGAUCAGUACGAGCACGAUUCGUGGCAAUUGGACGAAAAGGGAAAACUUGAAUCGGUGGAAGUGUUGCGACAGAGAGGGAAUACACACUUUGUGAAUGUGAGGCUGCCAUGAAAAUAUCAUUCUCAUUGAUGCUUCAAGUUCAGAAAGAGUACAAAGAGGCGAUCGAUGUUUACCGUGAUGCUCUUACCAGAUUGGACACCCUGAUUCUCCGAGAAAAACCCGGAGAGCCAGAAUGGAUUGAACUUGAUCGAAAGGUUUCUUAUGAGCUCUAACUUUGAUAGUAUUGUAAAUGUAAUGUUCAGAACAUCCCUCUUUACUCAAACAUGUCGCAAUGUUUUCUGAACAUUGGAGACCUCCACGAGGCAGAGGAAACAUCCAGCGAAGUGCUGAAACGGUAGGCGAUCUCCUUCAGGUACAUUCAUAUUUGUCAAAUUCCAGCGAGGAGACGAACGAAAAAGCGUUGUUUCGUCGAGCAAAAGCGAGGAUCGCCGCCUGGAAACUGGACGAGGUCAGCAGCUGUUGCUCUUGCACUUUCGCUCAAAUGGAUUCUUUCAGGCCGAGGAGGACCUCAAGUUGCUGCUGCGCAACCACCCCGCCGCCGCCGCCCUCGUCGCCCGGGAAAUGAAGAUUUUGACAGAGAAGAGGGCCGAGAAGAAGGCCGACUCGAAGAGCACCUACUCGAAAAUGUUCAAAGAACAGUCAUAA